ACCCGAAGCAGAAAUCUGAAGCCGUGGAUGAUUGCCGUCCUCACUGUGCUGUCCCUGACAGUGGUGGCAGUGACCAUAGGUCUCCUGGUUCACUUCCUAGUAUUUGACCAAAAAAUGGAGUACUAUCAUGGCUCCUUUAAAAUUUUAGAUCCACAAAUCAGUAACAAUUUUGGACAAAGCAACACAUAUCAACUUAAGGACUUACGAGAGACGACCGAAAAUUUGGUGGAUGAGAUAUUUAUAGAUUCGGCCUGGAAGAAAAACUAUAUCAAGAACCAAGUAGUCAGACUGACUCCAGAGGAAGACGGUGUGAAAGUAGAUGUCGUUAUGGUGUUCCAGUUCCCCUCUACUGAACAAAGGGCAGUAAGAGAGAAGAAAAUCCAAAGCACCUUAAAUCAGAAGAUAAGGAAUUUAAGAGCCUUGCCAAUAAAUGCCUCAUCAGUUCAAGUUAAUGGUUGUGGUAAACGAGUUGUUCCAUUAAACGUCAACAGAAUAGCAUCUGGAGUCAUUGCACCCAAGGCGGCCUGGCCUUGGCAAGCUUCCCUUCAGUAUGAUAACGUCCAUCAGUGUGGGGCCACCUUGAUUAGUAAUACAUGGCUUGUCACUGCAGCACACUGCUUCCAGAAGUACAAAAAUCCACAUCAAUGGUCUGUUAGUUUUGGAACAAAAAUCAACCCUCCCUUAAUGAAAAGAAAUGUCAGGAGAUUUAUUAUCCAUGAGAAGUAUCGCUCGGCAGCAAGAGAGUACGACAUUGCUGUUGUGCAGGUCUCCUCCAGAGUCACCUUUUCGGAUGACAUACGCCGGAUCUGUCUGCCAGAAGCCUCUGCAUCCUUCCAACCAAACUUGACUGUCUACAUCACGGGAUUUGGAGCACUUUACUAUGGGGGUGAAUCCCAAAAUGAUCUUCGAGAAGCCAGAGUGAAAAUCAUAAGUGACGAUGUCUGCAAGCAACCACAGGUGUAUGGCAAUGAUAUAAAAUCUGGAAUGUUCUGUGCCGGAUAUAUGGAAGGAAUUUAUGAUGCCUGCAGGGGUGAUUCUGGGGGACCUUUGGUCACAAGGGAUCUGAAAGAUACCUGGUAUCUCAUUGGAAUUGUGAGCUGGGGAGAUAACUGCGGUCAAAAGGACAAGCCUGGAGUCUACACACAAGUGACUUAUUACCGAAACUGGAUUGCUUCAAAAACAGGCCUCUAA